CUGGCUCAUCCGUUCGGAUUAUUAUUAACUUUAUAUCGCCUAUGAAGCAACGAUAAAUCAUCGCGUAAGUGCGUUAUAAUACGUUUGGUACCUUUAACAUUAUCUGGAAAUUUUGAAAGGCUGCCAUUCUGCUCUUGGCUGAACGCUGGGUACAUUUUGGGCUGAAGCAAGGUCCAGUCUCACAAUGCUGUCAGCGUACGCUCUCGUCCUUGUGGCUCUGAUAACCAUCCUGCUUCUCGUACUGAACCGCAAAAAGAAAACGAGCGUCCCUGGUCCGUCUCUCCUCCAAGGUCUGAAGGAACUCUCAAGGAGCGUCAAAUCGAACAAACUCCAUGUCCUGGCUGCCAAGUGGGCGGACAAAUAUGGCGACCUCGUGUCGGUUGAUGCCGUCAUCCGCAAGGUCGUCUUCAUCAACAGUCCCGCGCUCGCUCGUAAACUUCUCUCAGACCCUAGUACGAGAGACAUCAGCAACGACAGACCUCCGACUUACAUAGGCAGAGAGUUUUUGAACGGACACAAAGACAUUAUAACUGCCUCGUACGGGAAAGAACUUAUCCAGAGGAGACGACUCUUUCACAACGCUCUAAAGUUCUACGGUGAAGGAGUCCAGGGCUUUGAAGAUCUAAUGACAAACACAAGCAAACAUUUAUGUGAGCGUCUGGCAAAGUACCCUGGGAACGCACCCCUAGUGACAGAAAUCAAUGGUUACAUCGGCUGGGUAGUUGGACUUCUGCUCAAGGGAAAGGACACUACUCAAGAUGACCUUGAUUCGAUGCAGAAGUAUAUUGAAACGGGAAAUGAAGUUUUUAUAUUUGAAAAUGAAAUCUUCCUAGAAUCAAUUCCCUACAUAGCACAUGUUCCUGGUUUCCGGCUGAAUGAGCUGGUGACAGGGUUAAGAAAGUUGGACAAUGAGAUUGACGCAAGGUUCCUAACAUCUGUUCGAGAAACCUUCAAGAAAGGCGAAAGGACAGGUAUCAUUACGGAUUUGUUUGAGCAACAGAAGCAGUUGGAAAAGAACGGGAACUUCACUGACAUGUCUGAUGAAAUUGUACAGUGUCUUGUCAAGAAUAUCAUUGCCGCAGCCAACCUUACGACAGCGGGGACUCUCAAUGCUUUGUUUUUGUUGAUCAUCGUAAACCCUAAGAUACAGGAGCGUAUCUAUGCAGAGAUCUGUGAAGUUAUCGGUAAUGACCCUCCAAGUUUUGACCACAAACGUCAGAUGCCUUACACGGAAGCGGUGAUCCUGGAAACAUUAAGGUAUUGUACAGUAACGCCACUGCUUCUACCCCACUGCGCCAGGGAAGACAUCAACUUCGAGGGUCAUUUCAUUCCAAAAGGAACCUUCCUUCUCCUGAACGCUUGGUAUUUCCACCACAGAGAAGAUUUGUGGGACAAGCCCUGGACCUUCAACCCCGACAGAUUCCUAGACGCUGACGGCCAACUGUUAUCCCCAGAGCAUCCAACACGCCAGAACCUUCUGGCGUUCGGAACCGGCAAACGUGCUUGUCCUGGGGAAAGUUUCGCGAGGCUCCGCGUCUUUUUCAUCGUGGUCACUUUGGUCCAACAGUUUCGUUUUCUUCCUCCUGUUGGCGCUGAGCUACCGUCAUCGAACCCAGAGAAUUGGGAGACGAAAUCUGUGAUGGCACCGCAUGACUACACAUGCCGCUUGGAGCGUCGGUCUGCUGCAGAGGCUGGAAUAUAGAACUCAUGGCUGAGAGGUGGUGGUGGGAGAGGUUGGGAUUGUUGAUGGGGUGAGGGAAGUGGGUACGUGAAAUGAUGGUGUUCUGCUGACCUUUCACCAAGCUGAAACGGCUCACAUUGGACAAGAUGACGUAGAAACGUAUAGCCGUGACCAACAUAAAAUAGAAUGUAUUUGAAGCUUUACGUUAGUCUUCUGCUAUAAUUCGAGGACAGGAAGGAGGAAGAACAUUUAUCGAUUUCAAGAGGGCCAUUUUCAAAGCAGUAAAAAACAACUGAGCCUUUUGCAUGUUUUCUUCCCCUGGGGGGUUAAAAACAAUAUCUUUUCUUACUUUUUCACUCUGGCUUGUUUUACUUUGUUCAGUCGUGUGGGGUGAAUCGUUAUAAUCGAAGAUCUCGAUCUUUCUGCUGGGACUGAAACGUUGUAUCCCUCUCACCACAGGAGGGCAGGCUCGGAACUCACCAACACGCCUUAUUGUUCUACGUUAUCUAAUUUGUAUCAGUGGGGGCGUAAAAACUCAACAACAACAAAAAGAAAUCUAAUUUUCCUUUUUUUUAAUGCACUACUAGUAGUUUUUUGCGCUCUGCAAAUCUACAUGGAUCAUUUUCUGCACUCACGCCACUGGCAUUUCUUGAACGUUUUGGAUAACAAGCCAUGUAUAUACGCGACAUACUAUUCUCUUUUAGGACACUUGUUGGCGCUCUAAUAUUAUAAUAUGCAUACACUGUACGUGUUAACUUUUGGCAAUCAGUUGCACUGCCGUUUUAACUUCUUAAUUUUAUUUUGUAUGAUAAACCGUUAGAGUUGAGAUGUUGAUAUAAAUAUUAAUGACAUUUUAAUUCUUGAUUAUUAUUUUGAUUAUACUUUGAUAGUUUAGUGUUUCAGUUUAGGUGAACAUUAAAAUGGAAGCUUUCAGUGAUAAUUUCAACAAAUUUUGAACAUUUUGCAAUGGUAAACGUCAUUUCUGUCCUCCAUCUAUCUAUUCAAGUUAUCAUGUGACCAACACUGUGGAGGUUUUUUCCGAUCAAAAACAAAUUCGAUUAGAUG